AUGGGUGUCUGCACGGCUUCCGUGGCAUGGUAUUGCAUUUCGCUGUCUCUUGUCACAGCAGCACUAGUAGCAGCCCAGUCGUCCGAUGAGUUGCUGCUGGGCCGCGUGGCGGAGAUGGAGGAGCAGCUCAACCAGCAGCUGCUGGACGGGCCUGCUGACGGCACCUCCCAGCCCGCCGGAGCUGCCACAACCAAGGCUGCUGCCACUGGCGGAUCUGGCGACGGCGCUGCAGUUGAAUCCUUGCCACCACGUCCCACUUUCACAGAAGGCCUGCUGAAAACCACCACUCUCCCCCGCGGCAUCUACCGCAACAAGCUGAAUAGCACCUUCCUGGAAUACCACCGAAACGUGCACAAGGGGGAGGUAGAACUGCACUGCAUGGGCGGCACCUGCCCGAACCUAGACAGCUGCGGCUCGGCAUUCCCGAACGUGCGAGCCUGCUUCUGGCCGAACCUCGUGGACGAGGAUUAUAUUUACCCUGACCAGCCUGAGAACUGCCCGAAGCUGUCGAAUUGGGAUGAGGUUGGGGCGAAGGGGGCGGAUCCUAGGUGUACCCACCCUGGGGAUAAUCUGAGAUUUGAUAAGUAUGUGCCGCAGUAUUAUGAGAUCAAGGACGUGUUUGUGGAUGCUAACGGGGUGCUCUUUAACGAGUCGCUGCACUUCUUCCGCCACGGCUGCUUCAAGGACAAAGAGUUCGCCUACCACGCCAACCAGACCAGCGUGCAGCACUACCACCGCCUCAUAUCGCUGCUGUACCAGCUGGGCGGGGCUUUCUACCACACGCUCAUCGAGGUGGUGCCGCAUUUCCUGCUGCUCGCCCCUCUGCUGAAAGACAACCCCGGCAUGCCCAUCGCUGUGGCUGAAGAGUGGGCGUUCUACCACACGCUCAUCUGGGUGGUGCCUCACUUCCUGCUGCUCGCCCCUCUUCUGAGAGACAACCCCGACAUGCCCAUCGCUGUCAGCCGCAAACAGGCAAGUGCCUUUGAUUUACCAGCUUGGUGGGGAAGAGGGGGGAGUGGGAGGCUGCCACAGCUGAAGAUGUAUGACUCUGUGCUGCACCCCAUCGUGGGCAUCACCUCGCGUGUGCUGAACCUCGUUCUCGUGGACGAUCGGAACCAGAAGAUGCUGCUGCAUGCUGACAUGGCGUACCAGCCUGUGUUCCAAGCAUGCGGCAGGGCAGCGCCAGCCGUGUGGCGGGAGCUGAGGCGGCGCUACCUCGUGCCAUCCGACGGCCUCCCCAUGGUCUAUGCGUUUGAUGGCGAGCUGAAUGUAACCCAAGCCAAAACCGUGUUCAACAGGGCAGCGGUGUUUGUGGGGCUGUACGGGGCAGGCCUGGCCAACAUGGUCUUCAUGCCGCUCAACGCCAGCAUCUCGUCCAAAACCGUGUUCAACAGGGCAGCGGUGUUUGUGGGGCUGCACGGGGCAGGCCUGGCCAACAUGGUCUUCAUGCCCCUCAACGCCAGCAUAUUUGAAAUCCGCCCGCGCGGCUACCCCAACCCCUGCUACCACCAUCUUGCCACCGCCACCCAGAUGCACUACCAUUUGAUCCUCGGGAACGGUACCAAGGACAGCGAGUUGAAGUUCAACCACACGGAGGCUGUGGAAGUGCUGAGACUGAUUGCCAAUCGCACGAGAGCAAGAAUGUCGGCUGAAAAGUUCGAGUCGAUUAAUCUGUUGCCGCCGCUGGAAGCGGUGGGGGAGGAGGAUUGGAAGGAGAGGGCUGGGCUGGAUGGGGAGGAGGAGGAGGAAAAUGGCGGAGGGGGGAAUGCGGAGUUGACUAUUCCGCUUGAGCUUAUGGCGGAUGUGACUCUAAAGGCGCUGAAUGACACAGAUGUAGGGGCGGAGGAGCAGGAGGAGGAGGUGAAGAGUCUGGAUGAAGAGACUAAAAAGAAGAUGGAGGGAGAGAGGGUGGUAACGAUUGGGGAGUUGAGUGAAGAUUUGAAACGGGCUGAGAUGAAACAGGUGCAUGUGAAUUCAGGGGUGUCACAUGAUAAGCGCAAGGCGAUUCUUAACUGUACGGGCGGCCCGUGCCCGGAUUUUUCGGGCAGGUGCGAGUCGAAUCGCGAAGCGUCGGCCUGCAGGAUGAAUGAAGUUUCAGAUGAGGGGUUUGCCCGCCCGGCGAUUCCUAUAAACUGCCCGAAGAAAGGGAAUUUGACGACUGUGGGCCCGGAGGGGAGGGAUGAGAGCUGCUCGCAUACGUCCGAUUUCGGGUGGUACGAACCAGGCACAUUCCAGAUUUACCUUUUGCGGGGAGUGUAUAUCGACCACGAGGGGCAUGUGUUCAACAAAACGACCCAUUUCAACCGGGAGGGGUGCAACAAUGAUGCACCGUUCGAGUACAAGAAGGGCACAAAGGUGCAUAGGUUGAAGCGAGUGGUGAACCUGGCAUACUAUCAGGGCCGCAACUUCUACCACGGGCUCAUCGAAUGGACGCCCCAGCUCUUCCUCCUCAGCUCUCUGCUGCACGCCCACCCCACCAUCCCUCUGCUCGCCAUCCACGACCAGUGGGAUUUCUACGAGAAUAUAUCAAAGCCUAUUAUAGGAGUGGAGCAAUUCGCUAUGAACCGACUCAAUAUAAGCCGCGGGGAGCUCUUCUAUGCCGAUGAGGUGUACCUGCCACUAUACCAGGCAUGUGGCAAGGCUAGCCCCUCUCUCUGGUCGCUCCUCCGCUCCCACUUCCUCCUUGCCCCGCAAGGCCUCCCCAUCUUUCCGCCCACCACCUGGAUCCAACGGCCAGGAUUGGCCGAUCCGGUGAACCAGACCGAGGCGGCAACAGUGCCGCCUGACUGGAUGGUGCUGCUUGUGCGGCGGCCAGGUGUCAAGCGCUCAUUGGACCGCUGGGACGCGCUGUAUGAGUCGGCCGUAUCGGUGUUCUCUCUCAACCGGGUCCAUGUGCUAAAUGGCUCCGUGCCUAUGCUCAAAGCUCGGUCGCUGUUUCGAAGAGCGAGGCUGCUUAUAGCGGGACACGGAGCAGCAAUGGCAAACAUGGUCUUCAUGCGACCCAACAUGACAGUCUACGAGAUUCGACCCGACAAGAGCAACAACGCGUGUUACCACCACCUAGCACAUGCAUGUGGGCUCCGAUAUUACCUGACGUUUGGGGAUGGGGAUGGGGAGAGCGUAGUGAAGAUUGAUGUGGGGAAGGUUACAGGGGUGUUGAAGGAAAUUGCCAAGACAGUGUGGGACGUGAAGGGAGGGUGUGUAGGGGACGUGAAGGGAGGGUGUGUAGGGGACGUGAAGGGAGGGUGUGUAGGGGACGUGAAGGGAGGGUGUGUAGGGGACGUGAAGGGAGGGUGUGUAGGGGACGUGAAGGGAGGGUGUGUAGGGGACGUGAAGGGAGGGUGUGUAGGGGACGUGAAGGGAGGGUGUGUAGGGGACGUGAAGGGAGGGUGUGUAGGGGACGUGAAGGGAGGGUGUGUAGGGGACGUGAAGGGAGGGUGUGUAGGGGACGUGAAGGGAGGGUGUGUAGGGGACGUGAAGGGAGGGUGUGUAGGGGACGUGAAGGGAGGGUGUGUAGGGGACGUGAAGGGAGGGUGUGUAGGGGACGUGAAGGGAGGGUGUGUAGGGGACGUGAAGGGAGGGUGUGUAGGGGACGUGAAGGGAGGGUGUGUAGGGGACGUGAAGGGAGGGUGUGUAGGGGACGUGAAGGGAGGGUGUGUAGGGGACGUGAAGGGAGGGUGUGUAGGGGACGUGAAGGGAGGGUGUGUAGGGGACGUGAAGGGAGGGUGUGUAGGGGACGUGAAGGGAGGGUGUGUAGGGGACGUGAAGGGAGGGUGUGUAGGGGACGUGAAGGGAGGGUGUGUAGGGGACGUGAAGGGAGGGUGUGUAGGGGACGUGAAGGGAGGGUGUGUAGGGGACGUGAAGGGAGGGUGUGUAGGGGACGUGAAGGGAGGGUGUGUAGGGGACGUGAAGGGAGGGUGUGUAGGGGACGUGAAGGGAGGGUGUGUAGGGGACGUGAAGGGAGGGUGUGUAGGGGACGUGAAGGGAGGGUGUGUAGGGGACGUGAAGGGAGGGUGUGUAGGGGACGUGAAGGGAGGGUGUGUAGGGGACGUGAAGGGAGGGUGUGUAGGGGACGUGAAGGGAGGGUGUGUAGGGGACGUGAAGGGAGGGUGUGUAGGGGACGUGAAGGGAGGGUGUGUAGGGGACGUGAAGGGAGGGUGUGUAAGGGACGUGAAGGGAGGGUGUGUAGGGGACGUGAAGGGAGGGUGUGUAGGGGACGUGAAGGGAGGGUGUGUAGGGGACGUGCUGGGCUAUGGAGUGACGGACUAG